GCGGGGUCCUUGUCGAAACUAUCACAAACAAUCCAACCAUCGUUCAGUGAACACCACCAGGAGCAAAGCAAAAUGGUGUCCAGUAAAGUAGUGUGCUUGUUGGCUUUGGCCUUUUUCGGGAGCGCAGCUGCCAUCCCUGCCAAGGACGCCUUCUGGAAGGGCACCCCUAUGGACGGCAUGGUGGAGGAGAUGAGAUCCGGCUGCGCGGAAGGAUCCGACCCCACCGCCUGCAUCAAGUACAAGGUCAUGUCGUUAUUGGACUCCAUUUUCAAGAAGGACACCUUCCAGAUCUCCGACGCCGUUGAAGUGACGAAGAAUGGUGCUGCCAACGACGUCAGUGCGCGCUCCACUGGUGAUUUCUUCGACAGCAUUGAGAACUUCAUCCAAUCCCACGAUGUGACCUUCAAGCUGCCCAUCGCCGACACCCAGAUCACGGUCAGCCCCAGGAACCUUGACAAUGAUGAGCUGUCCCUGAACGUGAAGUUCAACAAGGAAGGCGCCCGCUCCGUCGGCGAGGCUCGCAAGGCUAAGCUCAAGAAGAUCAUCGUCCCCAUCCUAGUGUUCGUGCUCCUCAAGGCCAUGACCCUCAUCCCCCUGGCUAUCGGUGUCCUCGGUCUGAAGGCCUGGAACGCGCUGCAGCUGUCCUUCUUCUCCUUCGUGGUGUCCGUCGCUUUGGCCAUCUUCCAGCUUUGCAAAAAGUUUACCCAGAUUGCGGCGGACAACUCGCACCCGCAGAUCGCCGCUCACGGUCCUUGGGACGCCGCCUACGCCGCCACCCGCCGCAGGAGGGACGCCGAGCCUCAGGAACUGGCCCAGGAACUCGCCUACAACGCUUACCACUAAAAUAUCCGAACGCUUCCUCAACCCAACGACCUGUAUCCGAACCCCGAUCAUCCCGCCGUUUAGGAACGUGAAGACGGGCACAGAUAACAUAGACCAAAUAAAUGAUUUCGUCAAGAAAUCGAGACCGUGUAAAUACUAUGUAAUGCAACUUAUUUAUUAAAAUAUUGUGCUUGAGAGCGUGUGAUUGUGAUGUAUGACUGAUGUUAUUUAUUUAUAUUAAUAAUAAAUCUUUGAAGAAUUA